AGCAACCAGCAGAAUUUACCAGAACUUUGGUCGAUACUUUUCAACGACAAUGUGUCGCGUUGACCAAAAAAACAAUUUAGCGUUGAACAUAAGCAGCCUUACUUGGUCCUGUCUCACCUUCAUCUUCCAACUGCUAGAAUCCCUCAGACUAUGUGUGAAUGGCGGCGGAUCCAGAAACUCCCUACCACCCCGACCCCGAGGACCUCCUUCGAAUCCCAGUCGAUCUCUUCGCCUCCAAAAAGCUCCCCGGCCUCUCUCCCGGAGAUCUAGGCUUCGCCGAUUCCUCCGAUCAUCUCCUCUUCACCCUCCGCAAAUCUUCUUCCUCCCUCAGAUUCCUCCUUGAUCCCUCCGGAGUUCCCCUUUUCUCCAUCUCCCGCCUCCACAAUGGAAUGUGGGAACUACACAAAGGAGAUGUCGGGAAGCGUAAGGAGCUGGUCCUGACGGUGAAGCGGACAUCCAACAGAUUCAGCAAGACAGAGUUAGAUGUCUCUUUUGCUGGAGAAUCUUCGUCGCAGCAGCGUCUUGUCAUCAAAGGUUGCCCCUUUCAGAAAUCUUGUACCAUUUACAGUCAAGACUCCAUUGUUGCGCAGACGAGUUUGAUGUACAAGCUGAGGCAGAUUUACGUAGGGAGGAGCAAGUUCCGGCUAACUAUAUUUCCUGGAUCCAUUGAUCAUUCUCUAGUAGUCGCCAUGGUCGCCGUGUUUCUUCGAGGCAGAAAUUGACAAUAAUACAUCUUCAUACUUGGUUUCUCAUUGUAAAGGGGAAAAUAUGACAAGAAAAGGCAUUGAUCUUAGUACAUUGCAUUCUCAAUGCCUUUUGAUUCAAUAGGCUCCGAAGUGAAAAUGUAAAUACGAUGAGCUUUACAUGUUCUCAUUUCUAUUAUCUGCCUUAACAUUGUAGUCUCUUUGUUUUUUUCUCUUUCCUUUCAAACAUACAUGAGUAGAAAUUUU